ACCAUACAGUGACUUUGAGCGGGUGUAAUGGCUCUUCGUGGGUUACACGCGGAUUUUCAGUGCCCCAGAAGCGUAAAUUUUGCUUACUUACGUACCCGCUAAGAUGGAAAUGGGCCUCAUCACUCAUGAUUAUUUUUGAUUAAAAAUCAUCUUCCGCUUGGUGGUGAUUAAGGAUGGCUUGAGCGUAUGUUAGACGCGAUUGGCGGUCAGCAGCUAACAGCUGAUGCACCGUCUGGACUUUGUACGGAAACAUCUUCAAAUCUUGUACCAAAAUUCGCUGUAAAGACCGUCGACUGAUACCCAUUUGCGUGGCACGUCGUCUGGUCGAUGUCGACGGCGCUUCCAUGACAUCCUCGGCUACAGCAGCAAUAUUCUCUACAGAACAGCUACUCCGGGGUCUGCCACGCCUGGCAGCAUCUCGUGUUGUGCCAGUAUUUUCGAGGCGAGCGGCUGAACGUCGCAGUGUUUCACCAGUAGGCGUUGGACGGCGAGGAAAUCUGCGACGAAAUUCACGUUGUGCCAAAGUCACCGACCGAUUAUUGGUCAAAUAAAUAGUCAGUAAUAUUCCGCGUUCUGGAGCAGUGUAGCGUAACAUUGUUUAUUAACGUGGAUUUCGCAUGUGUUUACUACACAAAUGCCAAAACAGAACUGACAUUAGGGGCCAAUCGCAAAAUUUAUAGCAUUUUCUGAUAGGAGGAUUACUUUAGCGCCACCUGCUAUAUGUAUAUUGUGUACAUUGUCCAGUGUAAAGCUAUUUAGUUCCGUUCAGUGCGUUGAAGCAAUUGUGCGAAAUAAGAUAGAGAUAAAAAGAAACAUUUACUUUUGCUAGUUAACUAUGAAAGGGAAAAGGUUCUUACCCCUCAAAACAAAAUCUGAAAUUAUACAAAAGCUCGAUAAAGGCUUUACAUUAAAAUCAUUGGCUUAUCAAUAUGGUGUUACCAUGUCGACCAUAUCACAUAUAAAAAAUGGCAUAAGAAAGAUUUAAAAGCAUCGAUAGCGUGCAGCAUUAAACGGAAGUCUCUGAAGAAGGGUGAGUUUGCUAAUAUCGAAACUAAGCUAUAUAAAUGGUUCAUCACUCAAAGAAGUCGAUAUAUUCCAAUAUCUGGAAACCUUAUUAAAGAAAAAGCUAAAGAACUGCAUGCAAAAAUUUAUGGAAAUGGAAGUGGCUUUAACGCAAGUUCGGGCUGACUAAAUGAAUUCAGGGCUAGAUUUGGAAUUAGAUUGUUGAAAAUUUGCGGUGAAAAACUAUCUUCUGAUCAAGAAGCAGUGCUAGCAUUAAAGGCAAAAUUUUGGCGACUAAAAAAUGAUCAUUCAGAAAUUUUCAGCUUUCGUUGAACUACAGGUGCUCAAAAAGAGCAUGGAUGACUGCGGACAUUUUCGAAGAAUGGUUCCACAAUUCCUUUGUACCAGAGGUUACCACAUUCCUAAUACACGAGGGUCUACCAGUCAAAGCAGUUUUGAUCGUAGAUAAUGCACCGUGCCAUCCAAAACAAGGGUUAUUAAAAACAGAAUGUGGUUCAAUUUUCGUUUUAUAUAUGCCACCAAAUGUAACACCCCUUCUCCAGCCGAUGGACCAGAAUGUAAUAAGGUUAACCAAGUUGCACUAUAGAACAAAUUUAUUAAAAUCAGCUAUUGAUAAAGACGAAAUAGCCAACUUUAAAAAAAAAAUUACUUUGAAAGAUGCCAUUUGCCUUUUGACUCAAGCAUGGCAAAAAGUCGAUGCCGACGUUAUUAAAAAAUGCUGGUGUCCAUUACUUGACUAUAAACAUCCGAUAGGCAAUGAUGAGUGUAUCGAGGAUGAUGUGCCUCUCAGUGUUUUAAGACAGCAGCAAACAACAUUCCGAAUUUGAAGAUUUACUCAAUUUAACUGAAACUGCAUUUCCACAGUCGAACCUAAGUGUCAACGAUCUAAGAAUCGAUAACAAUUGCGCUAAUGGUACUGAGGGCGUUAUCAAUGAUGCUAAUCAACCUGUUGAGGCAUCUGAUGAGGAUGAGGAUGAGGAUGAGGAUGAGCAUGACGAAAUAAACGGCGACAAGUGUACAAUAGAGGCAGCUGAAGCCAUUAAAAUUUUUGACAAAGCAAUCCAUUGGACCGAACACAAUACCAACUCGCUCGAACACAUCACUUUUCUUAACAAUAUCGGGGAUAUUGCAGUGAAAAAAUCACUAGAAGCUAAGAAAAAACAAAGUACUAUAUUGGACUUCUUUAAAUAAUAUGUUUUUAUUAUAUGAA